AUGAGCGGAACGCCGAUUCGACAAAAACGAGCGCAUCAGCCGCCGAGUGUGAGUGGAUCCCGAAAAAAGAAGAAGCACGCGUCGACGCCGUUCAGUGAGUUAAAAAAACAAAUUUUCUAGCGUAAUGAAUCUUUAAUUUAACCAAUUUUUUGCAGCCAUCUACAAUCCGCCGGUGGCAAAACUGCGAUCCAAUUACGAUUACGAAUUUUACAAAUUUUUGCGAUCCGUCAAAGAAGUGACCGACGAGAUGGAUAGUGAGUUUAUUGACUAAAAAAGAAAGAAUAGACACGCUUUGACGGCCGCCGAGGAAAAGUGCAAUUUUUUUUGGGCGGCGGGCACUUUUUGCCCUUUUUUUGGGUCGUCAUUUCGACUAAUUUGUGGAACAGCUCGUGGAGUUGGGGAGACGUCUGUAACAGCUUCAGUUCGGGUGUGUUUUGGCUUUUCACUUUUAGCAUUGCUAUAAUAAUUCAUAGAAAAGAUCGCAUUUCGUCGGAACCAGUGUGACUUAUUCGAUGAAGUUUUCGAAAAGUCGUCACUUUCGGAGAACUAGGAUUCCGAACGUGUUCUCGGAUUUUGGUGGCGACCUCUGAAAGUCUAGUGUCUGCUCACUUGAAAACAAUUUCUAUGUUAGUGCAAAAGAUGGCCUUAAAUCAGGUUUCAGAUUUUUGGAAUCCGCUCGUUUAGAUGGCUCAGGGACCGAGGUUUCCGCUCACCUUCUUCAGAUGUUAUAGGCUUUUACUAAAAUGUUUGAUGAAACACUUGGAAAGACUGUCGUACAAGAUUGAGCAGUUUCAUGGUAUUCAUAAGAAAUGAAUGCAUAGAAGAUUCGUGCAUUUGCAUGCGUUCAUGGGAAUUGCUUACUCACGUUUUGAAGCGAUUGCUGAUCCGUGCUCAUCUCGGCGGCCUUUGUUUUUUGCUGCGCCGCCGAUGAUUUAUCCAUAAUUCGUCGCAUGAGCAAUUCGAACGAAUCCACUUUCCGCUCGACAUUUUCUGCAACAACAACAGUUUCUGAACGUUCACGAGAAAUGAAAGAAUUGAGAGAAACGACAAGCUCGACGCUUUUUUUAUACGCUGCCGACGGGAUUGAAUGUUUCAAUUAAAAAUGAUUGAAAAAGUUGUGUGGGCGUAGAAAAGAAUGUAAAAAAUGAUUUAAAGAGUUUAAGCUGUACAGUCGAACAAAAUAGAUAUUGUGAGUCUUUCUCGCAGCAACAAAAAUGACAAAUAUGCUACAAAAGCCUUGAUAAAUCCGUAAAUUGCAGGACAAUCGGUGAAUCUGGUGAUCCCGAUGCGUCGUCAACUGCGUCGAAAUCACCGUGACGCGUCGAACCUUCAUCUGUACUUCAAAUCGCUCGCCUACUGGAAAUCCUUUUAUUCCGGCUUCCUCGAGCGCGUCGACGACGUCAUGGAGUGCUUCCGAUUCGAUGACAUCCGCGAGAUCCACGUCAUCAUCGCCGCGCACCGUCUGCCCGAAUCGCUCGUCUCGUUCGUCACGCAACAACUCAUCGAUUGGCGACUUUUGUUCAAGGACGUCGAGUGGUACGGUUUGAAAUAUUGGACGUCCGACUAUCCGAUUUCCAGGCUUCGAGAAUUCCGUGAAUUGAGUCAAAAAUUGGAAAAAGAGGAGGCGGAGCGAAAAGAGCAAAUCGCUCGCGACGCGCUCCUUCGAGAAAUCGCCUUGGAAAUUGGUAAUACUCGUUCUCUUUUGCUAAAUUUUCAAGGUCCGUCUUUUCCAGAACUGUCGAACCUGAAAAUCGCGGAUUUCGCGGAGCACGCGACGGAAGAGCCGGAAGAUUUGUGCGAGACGAUCGUCGCGAAGGUCCGCGAGGCGAAAAUGGCACAGGAAAUGGCCGAACGGCUCAGAAAAGUGCCGGUUCUGUCGAAGCGGAGCAACACGAGGGAAUGGUGCAAAAAACAUUACGGUAGGCGAGAAAAGUUGUUAAAAGCAGGGCUGGGCUUACCGAAGGCCUGGACUUUGGGCCCACUUGCAAUGGUCCAGACUUUGCAGGCUUCUUGGACUUGGAUUGAAUUAUGUUGGGUUCAAGUUUCAGAACGAUCCGAUUAUCCGGUCCCGAGAUAUGUGGAUUUUGCGAAAAUUGUGGCCUUCUCGACCUCAAACCAGGAUAUCUCGGGACCGGAUGAUCCGAUCGGUCUGAAACUUGGUCCCAGUAUACUUCAAUCCAAGUCCAAGAGGCCUGCAAAGUUUGGGCCCGAUCCGAAUAUUGCAAGUGAGUUGAAGGUCCAGGACAAGCGCCAGAUCUGGAAAGAUCGCGAUUUUCCAAAUAAAUGGUUUGAAAUUUCAGAAUUGAUACGCAUCUCUUCACUCUCAUCAGAUGACGAUUCGUCGUCGUCGUCUUCUGCGAACAAUUCGUCGCUUUUCGAAAAUUCGGCCAACUCCUCGAUCGAUUCGGAUCUUUCGGCAACUUCCGAAAUCGACAUCGACGCGUUUUUCAACGAGCUAUUCUAA